UUUGCAGAAAACUUCGUUUAUGCCCAUCCGGAUGACAUUAAAGAAUGGACCGAGGACAUGCGGGACUGGCCUGAAAUUAGGGGACCAGAUAUAGUGUAUUAUUUACUGCAUUCGAAGGCCUGCGACCUGCAAGAAGUACGAUGUUACAAGUCCUUGCAGUCAUACAACUAUCUGCAGUCAGGCUGGGUCGGCAAAGUUCUCCUGCACAAGGUGAAUGAAGACAUUGUGCUUUUAAAGGCAGAUGUCACGCCUUCACAAGCUAUAAAUAGCAAGCCUCAUCGUGUGUGGGUGUCCGCAAAGAAGCAAGGUGAAGUUUUACGUGCAGGCUGCACCUGCAUGGCUGGACAAGCCAGAGUUUGUAGCCAUGUAGGCGCCGUACUAUGGAAAAUAGACUGUGCUGUUUCCCGUGGCAUGACUGGAAAGACUUGUACCGACGAAGCUGCAAAAUGGAACAAGGGUACAACUCGAAACGUCCAGCCCUCUGAAAUUGAGGCAAUCAACUUCAAGCUU